AUGGCCCUAGUAAACAAUUCAGAGCAACGCCACCAAUCAAAAAUUGAAAAGCUCUCAAAGGAAAUAGAUUCGAUAGCAAUGAAGACACAACAAAUAACAAAACUAUUCCAAAAGGACGAUGAAGUUGAAGUGGCAAGUCACACGAUAGGCUUCAUAGGUUCUUACUACGAAGCAACUAUUGUUUCUAUCGAGGACGCUUAUCAUUACAAAAUCAAGUACAAAACUCUGUUGACUGAUGAUAAGUCUGCACCUCUAGAAGAGCUUUUCACUAUAGGCGAGGUCCGCCCUGUUCCACUUGAAACAAUGUCAGGAAACACAUUCCGUCUAUACAAUAAGGUUGAUGUGUUUUCCAAUGAUGGAUGGUGGUUUGGAUUUAUUAGUGGGAUAAUUGGAGAAGAGUACUAUGUCUAUUUCCCUACAACUGGAGAUAACAUUGCAUACCCUUCUCAUGCGUUGAGAUUUCAUCAAGAAUGGUCUAAUGACAAGUGGAAAGUCCUGAAAUGA